CCAAAUUCUAGGAAUCUCAGGUCUUCUUGUCUGCCAUCUCUCUCUCCCCUUCUGCCAUCUCUCUCGCUGUACCUAAAGAUUCAGAUCGCUAGCUGGCCGUGCAUCUAAUUCGCUGCCGUUUCUGUUCUCCUUCCCACAGUUAAGAUCUCAAGAAGUUAAAACAAAAAUGAACAAAACCGCACGAAUCGAUAUCCCUUCAUCGUCUGCCCCUGCUCCAGCUUCAGCAGAUGGUGAGCUGAACGAAGACGACAUCUUCUCAAUAGACAUAUCUCACGCGCCUAAACACUCUCCGUCCUCUUCUCCUGCUCAGCAUCCACCUGCCCGCCAGCUUCAAAGAACCAAAAGCGGUUUAAAAAACGUGGAAGCUUCUGGCAUCCUCGCAGCUCUUCCCGAGCCUUCUGGGAACAGUUACUUAAACCAUGUCUUCCACCACAAGCCUGCAGCUGCUCUCUCCACUUCCGUCUCCUCCACAGCUUCCUCCACGUCCUCUUCGUCUUCCGCUCGAAUCAUCCCCUCAGCUCCUAAACCGCCUCAAGAGAGGGUUCCCUUCACAGGUGGUGGAGGGAGGUAUCCUCAGUCAGCUCCUCUUCAAGUGCCGUUGGCGAUGAGGAGUCGUCACAAGAAGGAGUUCAAGCUGACUGAUGCGGUGGUGGAUGAGGAGGAGGAAGAUGAAGGCGAAAGGCUUCCACCGCACGAGAUUGUAGCUCGGUCUCUGGCGAAGUCUUCGUUGCUGUCUUGCUCGGUUCUUGAAGGAGCGGGGAGAACACUUAAAGGGAGAGAUCUCAGGCAGGUGAGGAACGCUGUUUUCAGAAGAACCGGUUUCAUAGAUUGAGUUUUUGCUUCUUUUUUUUUUUCCAAAUUCAAAAAAACAUUCUUUAAUUUGUUAAAAGAACAUUCAAACGUUUCAAUGUUAUUAUGUUCAUAUAUGUUGUCUAACAUUAGACGAUGUGUUGUUACUUCAUAUCAAAAUAGAUUGAUGUGAUUGCACAUGUUUUUGUAUGUUUUGUUUCAUGCUUCACAUGUUGUUGAGACACAGUUUUGAGUUACACAUUUAUUCAGUUUGUUGUGAAGUUCUUA